CCUCGGAUAUGACCACAGAGUGUCAACAUGUAAGAUGGCGACUCAUCACCGACAGAAUACAGCGGGGCGGCGGAAAGUGCAGGUCUCUUAUGUAAUUAGAGAUGAGGUGGAGAAAUAUAAUCGCAAUGGGGUAAAUGCACUACAGCUGGAUCCAGCGUUGAACAGGCUUUUUACUGCAGGUCGAGAUUCAAUCAUCAGGAUAUGGAGUGUAAACCAACACAAGCAAGACCCCUAUAUAGCAUCAAUGGAACAUCAUACGGACUGGGUGAAUGAUAUUGUACUGUGUUGCAAUGGUAAAACCUUGAUAUCGGCUUCAUCUGAUACUACUGUUAAAGUAUGGAACGCACAUAAAGGGUUUUGCAUGUCAACCCUAAGAACCCAUAAGGAUUAUGUGAAAGCUUUGGCUUAUGCAAAAGACAAAGAAUUGGUAGCAUCUGCUGGGUUGGACAGACAAAUAUUCCUCUGGGAUGUAAAUACACUAACUGCACUGACUGCCUCGAACAAUACUGUCACAACUUCUUCCCUCAGUGGGAACAAAGACUCAAUCUACAGUCUUGCUAUGAAUCAGAUGGGAACAGUAAUUGUAUCCGGGUCCACUGAAAAGGUUUUAAGGGUGUGGGACCCAAGAACUUGUGCAAAACUUAUGAAACUCAAAGGACACACAGACAAUGUUAAAGCUUUGCUACUGAACAAAGAUGGUACACAGUGUCUUUCUGGCAGUUCCGAUGGAACUAUCCGACUCUGGUCACUUGGUCAGCAGAGGUGUAUAGCUACGUACAGAGUCCAUGAUGAAGGCGUAUGGGCACUUCAAGUCAAUGAAGCUUUCACUCAUGUUUAUUCGGGUGGAAGAGACAGAAAGAUAUAUUGUACAGAUUUACGAAAUCCUGAUAUCCGUGUGCUUAUUUGCGAAGAAAAGGCACCAGUUCUUAAGAUGGAACUUGAUCGAUCUGCCGAUCCUCCCCCAGCACUGUGGGUUGCAACAACAAAGUCUUCUGUGAAUAAAUGGAAUUUGAAAGGAAUUCACAACUUUAGAGCAUCAGGUGAUUAUGACAAUGACUGUUCUAACCCAAUCACACCCCUGUGUACACAACCAGAUCAAGUUAUCAAAGGUGGUGCAAGUAUCAUUCAGUGCCACAUUCUCAAUGACAAGCGACAUAUACUAACCAAAGAUACAAACAACAAUGUGGCAUAUUGGGAUGUACUGAAGGCAUGUAAAGUAGAAGACCUUGGAAAAAUGGACUUUGAAGAAGAAAUUAAGAAAAGAUUUAAAAUGGUUUAUGUACCUAAUUGGUUUUCAGUGGACUUAAAAACUGGGAUGUUAACUAUCACUUUAGAUGAGAGUGACUGCUUUGCAGCUUGGGUCUCAGCCAAAGAUGCUGGGUUUAGCAGUCCAGAUGGAUCUGAUCCAAAAUUGAACCUCGGGGGACUUCUGCUGCAGGCUCUGUUAGAAUACUGGCCUAGAACCCACAUCAAUCCCAUGGAUGAAGAAGAAAAUGAGAUGAAUCAUGUGAAUGGUGAACAGGAGAACAGACUACAAAAAGGAAACGGGUACUUCCAAGUGCCGCCACACACACCAGUUAUUUUUGGGGAGGCUGGAGGACGCACUUUGUUUAGGUUGCUAUGCCGAGAUUCUGGUGGUGAAACUGAAUCCAUGCUUCUUAAUGAAACUGUGCCACAAUGGGUAAUUGACAUCACCGUGGACAAAAACAUGCCAAAAUUUAAUAAAAUUCCUUUCUACCUCCAACCUCACUCCUCUUCCGGAGCAAAAACAUUAAAGAAGGAUCGGCUCUCAGCCAGUGACAUGUUGCAAGUCAGGAAGGUGAUGGAGCACGUUUAUGAAAAAAUAAUAAACCUCGACAACGAGUCCCAGACGACAAGCUCUUCCAAUAAUGACAAAACCGGGGAACAAGAAAAAGAGGAAGACAUCGCAGUCUUAGCAGAGGAGAAGAUCGAACUCUUGUGUCAAGACCAGGUUUUGGAUCCAAAUAUGGACCUUCGAACCGUGAAGCAUUUCAUAUGGAAAAGUGGGGGUGAUUUGACCCUUCACUACCGACAGAAAUCAACGUGAGCCACCUGGUGGAACCCAACUGGUCGUUAACUAAUUUGAGCUUCCUAUGCUGGAUCCAGCUUAGUAUGCUAGAAGCCCACUUAAAUGCUAAGAUUUGGCGCUUUUAAUGACUCAGCGCAGACAGAAUCUACUUGAAUUGAAGUGACUAAUAAAUCUGUAACAUAGAUGAAAUUGGUAUGAUGUAAACUCAAAAGUUGUCUUUAGCAAGGUCAAGCAAGAGUGAUAUAAGAAGCCCUUAACUGGUUCCUGUUAAGGUGCCUACAGAGACAAGGUGACCCAGUGCAGGUAUCUGCUGUUCUUCCUUUAUUUCCAAGAUGAUCAUCCUUUAUUCACUCAAGCUUGCUAUGAAAAAUUUUUCAGUCCUGCUCCUAACUCAUUUUCAGAUUAUUUUUUUUAUAGGAAAAAAAAAAACCAACCUUGCAUGUACUGUAUUUUGCUAAUACAUUCCAUGUAGUAAAUUUUGACCACUAUGCCAGAUAACUCUACUUACCGUGUGACAGAUUACUCUUCUUGAACAGUUUCUAUAGUCUAGACUGGAGAGGCUAAUGUCCCUGCUGAUGAUUAUCUGUGAUUUUUGUAGGAAAACAUUUUAAUUCUGACUCAAGAAUCAGUAGGCUGUGUUAUUACAGGGUCAGUUCAAUGUGUGAACGUCACAAUGAAUUCAUUCAGCAUCUUUAACUAGAGUUCAAAAUACAUAAUUUCCAUUGUGCUAGAAGGCAGCAUCCUGGUUCAGUUCCAUAGGAUUAUAUUCGAUAUUUGGCAGAAAACUUGACCUGGGUGAUUGUUUUCCUUUAAUUGUUUUGUAUGUAUUUUUGAUGUUGUAUGCUGUACACAAGCUAUGCCCAUCUUGGCUUUUUAUUUUGCACUGUCUCUU